ACCUGCAGGUGAAGGUGACUCCUGCUGCAGAGGGACAGAAGACACUGACCUGUAGCACCACCUGUACUCUGACUGACAACCCCACCUACAUCUGGUACAAGAACGGACAACGUCUAGAUGAGCCCACUUCCCAACAAUACUCUAGUAAUUUGCUGGUGGUCGGGGAUUCUUCUGUGAACAUUUACUCCUGUGCUGUUGAAGGUCAUGAGGCGCUCCACUCUCCUGUAGUUUGUUUUCAGGUGAAGGUGACUCCUAAACAGUAUUCAGAGUAUAAGACACUGACCUGUAGCACCACCUGUACUCUGACUGACAACCCCACCUACAUCUGGUACAAGAACGGACAACAUCUAGAUGAGAGCACCUCCCCCCAGUACAAAGACUCAGUCUCCAGUAACUAUGUAGACAGUUACUCCUGUGCUGUAAAAGGCCAUGAGGAUCUCCUCUCUCCUGCAGUGUGUGUUCAGGGUCAGAGCUGCUACAGAGUGACUUACACCAAGAGGACAAUCUGUGUCUUGAAGGGGUCAACAGUGGACAUAUCCUGUACUGUUGGUUAUUAUUACACCACAUCAUCAUUCUGGUUUAGAAGUGAUAAGUCGACCCCUGAAGACCUAACCACAGACCCAGGGUAUGCAGGUCGUGUGGAGUACACUGGAACAUACAGAGGUCUCGUCACCCUGAGAAUCACAGAUCUGAGAGAGGAGGACUCAGCUGAGUAUCGCUUCACUUUUAAAACAGACAACUUUGAAUGGGGUCAUAGUUUACCAGGAACAACUCUGUCUGUCACAGGUCUGCAGGUGAAGGUGACUCCUGCUGCAGAGGGACAGAAGACACUGACCUGUAUCACCACCUGUACUCUGACUGACAACCCCACAUACAUCUGGUACAAGAAUGGACAUAAUGUACAAGGUGUCUCCUCCCCCAUGUACUCCAUCAGCAGUGAGGAUGCAGACAGCUACUUCUGUACUGUAAAAGGACAUGAGGAUCUCAGCUCUCCUACAGUGUACAGAAACUAAAACAAGAGGCUCCCACGCUGAGGUCUGUCCAACACUGGUCCGAC